ACUCCCAUCGAGGCAGUCAACCAGAGCUUCUCAAACACCUUUACGCACUUUUCACGACCACAAACGACCCUGACGACACCAACCAUGUUCGCCAAAGUCUCUUACUCCUCCAUCGUCUUCGCCUUCGUUACGUUCUUCGCGUGCUACCUGCAGCUCGUCUCGGGCGCAGCUCUCCCCGCAGCCGAGCUCCAGAAGCGCGAUGUAUUCACGCCCCCCGUGCUCUACCCCCACAACGGUACUGUGUGGACUAUCGGACAGCGUCACAACGUUACCUGGGACGUCUCGAACCCGCCGAAGCAGAUCACCAACAAGCAGGGCCUGAUUCUCCUGCGCAAGAGCGGUGAAACCACCCCAGUUGUCCUCGAGAACGGCUUCGAUAUCCUCCUCGGCCGUAUUGAGAUUACCGUGCCGUGGGUUGUGGAUGGCGACGACUAUAGUCUUGUCUUAUUCGGAGACUCUGGCAACUUCAGCCCUGAAUUCACGAUCCAGGGCAGCGGCGUCCAAUUUUGAGCUCGCGAUGAGCAUUCAUCUGUCAUCUCCGGGAACACAGACAAUCGAAUAAUGCGGACUGAUUACGGACUCUUGCACGAACUUUGACGAUCCAGACGGACUUGCGUAGGACUUCAAUUCUAUACAAACGCUUUCUGUAUACUACCCACGGACUUGAUCAAUUCGGACUACUGCUUGUUGUAGUUUUUUGUAUCAUCCAGGGCCUCUUGUCGUUUGCAAGCAAUGUCAAUUUCCGAAAUCAUCAAUU